AUGUUAAUGAGGUUGGCAAAGUCCGCUGUGGACACAGGAGGGUCACAUAAAGAGCACUGGGAAGUUGUAAAAGAUAAUAAGUAUAGUCACCUAAAGAAAGUCCCUCUUCCUAGUGAAAUGGAGACGGUACACAGCAAGACCAGCAGAUGGAUAGAUAAUCAAGACUUUCAAGCAUCACAUUCAAUAGCAUUCCAUGAACUUAGUCAGCCCACUAGCGAUAGGAAUAUGGAAAUGGAGACUGAUAAUGUUAAGAUCGAUGCUAGGAUAGCUCUAGAAGUUGAGACUAAAAAUGUGAAGACGGACACUGUUGUUCAUAUGGAAGUUGAAGAAGACGAGCUUGUUAAGUCUGGUUCUCUUAUGACAACAGAAAUUGGGAGUGAAUCGAUAAAGCCCAUUACAAUUAAGUCUAUAGUAAAUGAGACUGAAUAUGUCGAGGUUAAUGCUAUGAAGUCUAUUGAAGUUGAGACUGAUCCUGAGCAGAUCUGUAGGGCUGUCAUUGUUAAAGAAGGUGAGUUUGUUGAGGCUAAUUCUAAAGGGGAAGCAGAAAAUGUGGCUAAAAGUGACAAGACCCCUGACCAUGGUACCUUGGAGUCUACCUUGGAAAAACAUGCAAGCACGGUCGAAGGAGGCCAUGAAAGUUCGGAAGAAGAUCCGUUUGCAACCGACGGUGACGAUGAUCCUGAUUUUUUACCUGAUGAAAAUAAAACAAUCAACAUGCGAAAAAGACUUAAUGUCAAGAAGAGGAAAUCUGAUCCAGCAAAAUGGCACAAAAAGAUCGCGAAAGAAAGAAGGAACCUAGGAUUGGCGUAUACAUCAACUUCCUCUAAGAAAAAAAAGAUUGCUCCAAGGAAAAUGGGCCAAGCCUGCGGAGGAUGCAAGUUUCAGUGUAUCACUAAGUUCAGUGAAGAGGAACGAGCAGCUAUCUUUGCAUUUUACUGGAAGCUAGGAGACCUACAAAGGCAAAGAGAUUUUCUUGGGCAAUGUAUGGACGCUAUAGAACGUGGGAAAUACAAUUACGUGCGUGUCAACGAUGACGGUUCUCUAAACCAACUGAGGGGUGGAAACCACGCUUUUUAUUUCAAGAAGAACGGUGAAAAGCGACGGGUAUGUAAACCUUUCUUUCGAAACACUCUUGGUAUUAAUGAUAGGCCAAUAAGAACUGUUAUCAGCAAAAUGUCAAAAACGUCUGCUGGUAUAGAUAUAGAGGGUGAGAAACGUGGAAAGCACGGAAAUUGUGCUCGCAGUGUCGAAGAGGGGGGCCAUACCCAAAAUAAAGGAGAUUUAGCCCAUUCACUCAUUGAAAAGAAAGUAAAGCUGUUUCGAAAAGCAUCACCAAUUUUCCAUCCUGAUCAGUACUUUUCACUCAUGAGAGGAAUAAAAAUAGGAAAGAAAAAUUUCCAAGUUCUCGAAAUGAGUUAUAAGGACUUUUUAAACUUAAAGUCAUUGCCCGAUGUAAUUCCACAACGGGUUAUCAAAAUUAGAGACUUGCGCAUUAUUCACUUAACAACUGAAAAAGUAGAAUAUACAGAUUCAUUUGGAUCCGAGUAUUCCUCCAUACCAAUAAAACGAAGAACCAAAGGCAAAGUCAAAGUGAUAUUACCAGCAUAUACAGAAAAACCAAAAAUAAAUGAAAAAAAGAAGACUGGGAUUAUGUCUCUAUUCGAAAAAAAUAUCAUUCGAUCUUACUAUAGACCCUUUUAUGAGAGUUUGUAG